AUGCGUGUUGUGCCGCACGUUGCUUACGUCAUCGCGCGUGAGAGCGAGGAGCUGAAGGCCAAGAUCGAGAUGCUGAGCGAGGAGUAUCUGGAGAAGGACAAGGCUUGGCGCGAGCACUGCGCUUACCUUGACAAGCUUAUGGAGAAGCGUGGGCCUCCGCCGGCUGACCUCAAUCGUCGCCGUGGUGCUGGUGACGCUGUGGCCACCGAGGCUGAGUACCAAGCCAUUCUCGCCGGCCUAGCCGACAGCGCCGCCAAAGACCCAACGCACCGUGCUACGAAGACGGCCGCUACUAUCCCGGACAUGAUACUCACCAAGGAGCGCGACUUCGUCUACGAGGAUGAGAAUUACCGGGUCCUCGACCCACUCAAGACGUAUGAUUUCAACGGUGACGAAGAUCCGGUUUGGACCGACGACGAGCGUGCCAAGUUCCUCAAGCGGUACCUGACCAACCCCAAGCUGUUUGGCAAGAUU